UCUGGGAGUUUCCAGACGGAGGCUAUAAGACUGGGGAGCCGAGCCGGGGAGCUCUCGUUGCGCUUGCGGUGUCGGGGGCAAGGCGACCGUUAGCGUCGCGGAUUUUCUGUCUUAGGUGUUACCGUCUAACGCUGCUUGCCUGUUUUUCAGUCAGGAUGUCUGCCCGCGGCCCGGCUAUCGGCAUCGACCUGGGCACCACCUACUCGUGCGUGGGGGUCUUCCAGCAUGGCAAGGUGGAGAUCAUCGCCAACGACCAGGGCAACCGCACCACUCCCAGCUACGUGGCCUUCACCGACACCGAACGCCUCAUCGGCGACGCCGCCAAGAAUCAGGUGGCCAUGAACCCCUCCAACACCAUCUUCGACGCCAAGAGGCUGAUCGGGCGGAAAUUCGAGGACGCCACAGUGCAGUCGGACAUGAAGCACUGGCCAUUCCGGGUGGUGAGCGAGGGAGGGAAGCCCAAAGUGCAGGUGGAGUACAAGGGAGAGAUCAAGACCUUCUUCCCGGAGGAGAUCUCCUCCAUGGUCCUCACUAAGAUGAAGGAGAUCGCCGAAGCCUAUCUGGGGAACAAGGUGCAGAGCGCGGUCAUCACCGUCCCGGCCUAUUUCAACGACUCGCAGCGCCAGGCUACAAAGGACGCCGGCACCAUCACCGGCCUCAACGUGCUGCGCAUCAUCAACGAGCCCACGGCGGCAGCCAUUGCCUACGGCCUGGACAAAAAGGGCAGCGCGGGCGGUGAGAAAAACGUGCUCAUCUUUGACCUGGGCGGUGGCACCUUCGACGUGUCCAUCCUGACUAUCGAGGAUGGCAUCUUCGAGGUGAAGUCCACCGCUGGCGACACCCACCUGGGCGGCGAGGACUUUGACAACCGCAUGGUAAGCCACCUGGCGGAGGAGUUCAAGCGCAAACACAAGAAGGAUAUUGGGCCCAACAAGCGCGCUGUGCGGCGACUGCGCACAGCCUGCGAGCGCGCCAAGCGCACCCUCAGUUCAUCCACACAGGCAAGCAUCGAAAUCGACUCGCUUUACGAGGGUGUGGACUUCUACACAUCCAUCACCCGCGCCCGCUUCGAGGAGCUCAACGCCGACCUGUUCCGCGGGACCCUAGAGCCGGUGGAGAAGGCGCUGCGCGACGCCAAGCUGGACAAGGGCCAGAUCCAGGAAAUCGUGCUGGUCGGCGGCUCCACCCGCAUCCCCAAGAUCCAGAAGCUGCUGCAGGAUUUCUUCAACGGCAAGGAGUUGAACAAGAGCAUCAACCCUGACGAGGCGGUGGCCUACGGAGCUGCGGUGCAGGCGGCCAUCCUCAUCGGGGACAAGUCAGAGAACGUGCAGGACCUACUGCUUCUCGACGUGACCCCGUUGUCGCUGGGCAUCGAGACGGCUGGCGGCGUCAUGACCUCACUCAUCAAGAGGAAUACCACGAUCCCCACUAAGCAGACGCAGACCUUCACCACCUACUCAGACAACCAGAGCAGCGUUCUGGUGCAGGUGUACGAGGGCGAACGGGCCAUGACCAAGGACAAUAACCUGCUCGGCAAGUUCGACCUAACCGGUAUUCCUCCGGCGCCUCGCGGGGUCCCCCAGAUCGAAGUCACCUUCGAUAUUGACGCCAACGGCAUCCUCAACGUCACCGCCGCCGACAAGAGCACCGGUAAAGAAAACAAAAUCACCAUCACUAAUGACAAGGGUCGUCUGAGCAAGGACGACAUUGACCGGAUGGUGCAGGAGGCGGAGCGGUACAAGUCGGAAGAUGAGGCCAAUCGCGAUCGUGUCGCCGCUAAAAACGCCGUAGAGUCCUAUACCUACAACAUCAAGCAGACCGUGGAAGACGAGAAAUUGAGGGGCAAGAUUAACGAGCAGGACAAAAACAAGAUCCUCGACAAGUGUCAGGAGGUGAUCAGCUGGCUCGACCGAAACCAGAUGGCAGAGAAAGACGAGUAUGAACACAAGCAGAAAGAGCUCGAGACAGUGUGCAACCCCAUCAUCAGCAAACUUUACCAAGGCGGCCCUGGCGGUGGUGGUGCUUCUGGAGCCUCUGGAGGACCGACCAUCGAGGAAGUGGAUUAAAUUUGCACUCGGUUCUACGUAAAACUUUUUCCUUUCUCAUUUUUUUCCCCUUUUGUUUUUGUUUCUUUGAAAUGUCGUGCCAAGAACGAGAUCUGUUGCUGGAAGUUUUUAACCCUGUGUAUGCCUAUGGAAAGGAAAGGUGCAACAACUUAGUUUAAUUAUAAAAGGUUAGUUCUGAGGUUUGAUUUUUAAAAACAUUGCGGUUUCUAUUUAAAGCAUGUUGCGUGUUUGCUGAUUUGAGCAUUUUUGGUUAGCUUAGUUUGUGCAUGGAAGUUUGUUGGAGAUGAGAAACCUGAAGUUUGCACACAUGUUCUGUGGAAGCUUGGUAAUAAAAUAUAUAGAAGCUUGAA